GUGGUCCCACACAUAAAAGGGUCCAGUCAGCGAUGUCAGAAACUCCAAUGCAGAAAACUUCUUCCCCAACAAACACUCCUAAGCGAGUUUCUUUCGAGUCAACUCGCCCCGCGGAAGUUGCGCAGACAACUGCAACUCCUGCGUCAAGCAUCCCAGUGAACACGCAAAGGCAGAAUCAAGAACGUUCUCCUACCCGCAGCGUAUCUCCCCGCCGCUUCUGGCCUAUCUCCCGUUCCCACUCUCAUGAUGAUGCGUUCGUACCUGUAGACCCCUAUCAGUUCGACCGUGAUUGCGAGCACCAUGGUUUGACAAAAAGAAUCACCUUCUAUAUUGAUCGUUUUUUCCGCCAACUCUAUCUGCUGCUGCUGUUCCGUCUACCAUCCGUUUACUUUGGAAGAGUUCGCCGAGUAUUUGAAUACGCUGAGAUAAGCAAGCCAGAGCUAAAGAGGAUGGUUGAGUUGGGGGGGUCUUCGUUCCUUAAAGAAAGAAAUUGGCAUCCCAACAACGUUCCACCAGCCUUGAUUCGCUUUAAAGAAGCUUGGGAAGACUUUGUAGAUUCUAUAUUGAAAGAGGAUAAAACUUUGAACGUAGUUUCAGCUCUUCUGCUUUC